ACGUUUGUUGAAAAAUUAAUUGCACAUUAUUAGUGUUUAUUACGACGUUUUUGUAACAAAAAACCAUGACCCACCAGCAGCAGUGGAGCCGGCAAUACGCAGUUAACGAAUCGGUUUGGCAGUCGAGGGAAGCCCCAAAUGCCAGGAGACAAUGCGCUUGGCGCAAACAAAAGCUGUUGCUCGCCCAGCAAACCAGAGAUUCCAGUGACGCCACCCGUCACGAUGUGUUAAGAGAACACCAACAUAAAAUGCACCAGGACGGCAGCACCGAACACAUAACUUUGGAGCGCCUGGAGCGAUGCCAGCAAACAAUAGGACGCAGUCGAAGAAUGCCUUCCGGAAGCCUUACGAUGGAGCUGAAUUCCCCAAAGCCCACGGCAUUCGAGCCAGCCUGCAGAGGUUUUUACGAAACCUGCCAACAGGCCGAACUAAAAACAAGGGACUUAACAAAGUCUCUAGUAAAUUGCUCAAAUGCAAAUUUGGAACCACAUACGAAAAAAGCAGCAGCACAGGCACCUAAUAGGAUUGGUUCUGCUGAAUACAGAACACAGGAUGAGCAGGAUGAAUCUAAGUUACAACCCAGUUUCCUUGGUUUUCGCACAGCAAGGGAACAGUACAUUCUGAACGAAUUAAAGAAAAAGAAUGAACCGGGGGCGAUUCGCAGAACAACAUCAGCAGAUGCACCAUCCGAGAUGAUGAACUUUAGGAAAAAGACGCUGGGUGGCAAGCGAACCGUCAGCUCCAACUUUGUGUCGCCCGUAGGACAAACUCAAACAACGAAUAAGGCAACCAGCUCCAACAUCCCUCCAACCCUAGCCCAUCUUGAUCCCAAGAUGGUUGAGCAAAUUCUUGGCGAAAGCAUGCACAAUUUCAAACCCGUCGGAUGGGACGACAUUGCUGGUCUAGAAUCUGCAAAAUCGACAUUCCUGGAAGCCAUAAUAAUGCCACUGCGACGUCCGGACCUAUUCACUGGCGUGCGCUGUCCACCUCGUGGAGUUCUCCUAUUCGGUCCACCAGGCACCGGGAAAACCCUAAUCGCCAAGAGUAGCUCCCAGGCUAAGGCCAAGUUCUUUAGCAUUAAUCCGUCUAGCCUGACCUCCAAGUGGGUGGGCGAGGCCGAGAAGCUGGUGAAGACCUUAUUCGCCGUGGCUGCAGCCCAUCAGCCAGCUAUUAUCUUCAUUGACGAAGUGGAUUCUCUGCUGUCAAAGAGGUCGGGCAAUGAAAACGAAAGCACGCUACGGUUGAAAAACGAAUUCCUCAUUCAUCUGGAUGGAGCUGCCAGUAAUGAGGAGACUCGAAUUCUGGUAAUUGGAGCCACAAAUCGACCCCAAGAGCUAGACGAGGCUGUGCGUCGACGAUUCGUACGCCGGCUUUACGUUCCAUUGCCCACAAAGGAUGCAAGACAGCAAAUCAUUAAGAAGAUUAUCAGGCAGGUGAAACACAGUCUUGAUCAAACAGAGGUUGAGCAGCUGGCAGAGCUCACCGAUGGUUAUUCCGGUGCGGAUGUGGACACACUCUGUCGCUACGCAUCGAUGGCACCUCUUCGGUCGCUAAGUGCCGAUGAAAUUGAAAUCAUUGAACCAGAUCAGCUACCCGCCGUUACAAUGGAGGAUUUUAACAAGGCUCUGCGAGUCAUAUCGAAAAGUGUCUCGGCAGAGGACUGUCAACAGUUUGUUGCCUGGAAUGAAAUUUACGGUGUACGACAUUAAAAUGACUUGCCAUAUUUUCCUCU